GGUUGUGUAAAUUCCGAGCGAUUUCUCUGACUUUCGGAAGGCUGCGAACUUGGCGGCGAGUUCCUCCCCGCAUCAGAAAGGUGGCUUAUUUGAGACUUUUUUGAGAUCCAAAAGGCUCCGCCCUUCCGUCCCACGAGCAAACGCGUCCCAGCGAAGGUACUUGUCCCUUGGCGCUGGCCGUAGCCGACGCCCAUCCCUCUUUGUGUGAUCGGGAAAACCGAGGAACCGGCUAGAGCCGCUGAGGCCGAAAGCGCCGGAGCAGCAAAGAAGACAGAAGAGUCGUGGUCAGUCAGGCGGGCUCUCCCCAUUCCGCCCCAGCAUCAGGUCACAACCAUGUCAGACAAAAGUGAAUUGAAGGCUGAAUUGGAGCGAAAGAAGCAGCGGUUGGCUCAAAUCAGAGAGGAGAAGAAAAGAAAAGAAGAAGAAAGAAAGAAAAAGGAAACUGAUCAGAAGAAAGAAGCAGUUGCUCCAGUUCAGGAAGAAACUGACCUUGAAAAAAAGAGGCGAGAAGCAGAAGCAUUAUUGCAGAGCAUGGGGCUGACACCGGAAUCUCCUCUGGUCCCUCCUCCUAUGUCUCCAUCCUCCAAAUCUGUGAGUACUCCAAGUGAGGCUGGAAGCCAAGACUCUGGAGAUGGCGCCGUGGGAUCUAGGACGCUGCAUUGGGAUACUGAUCCAUCAGUUCUCCAGCUUCAUUCCGAUUCCGAUUUGGGACGAGGACCUAUUAAACUUGGAAUGGCUAAAAUUACCCAAGUUGACUUUCCUCCCCGAGAAAUUGUCACAUACACAAAGGAGACUCAGACACCAGUUAUGGCACAACCAAAAGAAGAUGAUGAAGAUGAUGAUGAUGUUGUAACCCCCAAACCACCUAUUGAGCCUGAAGAAGAGAAAACUUUAAAGAAAGAUGAUGAAGAAGAAGUCCCCCCUCAUGAGCUCACUGAAGAGGAAAAACAACAGAUCCUGCACUCUGAAGAGUUUCUGAGUUUCUUUGAUCAUUCCACGAGAAUUGUAGAAAGAGCUCUUUCUGAGCAGAUUAACAUCUUCUUUGACUACAGUGGGAGAGAUUUGGAAGAUAAAGAAGGAGAAAUUCAAGCAGGUGCUAAACUGUCCUUAAAUAGGCAGUUUUUUGAUGAACGUUGGUCAAAGCAUCGUGUUGUUAGUUGCCUGGAUUGGUCAUCUCAGUACCCAGAAUUGCUCGUGGCCUCCUAUAACAACAAUGAAGAUGCUCCUCAUGAGCCCGAUGGGGUGGCUCUUGUGUGGAAUAUGAAAUACAAAAAAACUACCCCAGAGUACGUGUUUCACUGCCAGUCAGCUGUAAUGUCGGCUACGUUUGCAAAAUUUCAUCCAAAUCUAGUUGUUGGUGGUACGUAUUCAGGUCAAAUUGUAUUGUGGGAUAAUCGAAGUAAUAAGAGAACCCCGGUCCAGAGAACUCCACUUUCAGCUGCUGCACAUACGCACCCUGUAUAUUGUGUGAAUGUAGUUGGAACUCAAAAUGCUCACAAUUUGAUUAGCAUCUCUACUGAUGGAAAAAUUUGCUCAUGGAGUUUGGACAUGCUUUCCCAUCCACAGGAUAGCAUGGAGUUGGUUCAUAAGCAGUCCAAAGCUGUAGCUGUCACUUCUAUGUCCUUCCCUGUUGGAGAUGUCAACAACUUUGUUGUUGGAAGUGAAGAAGGCUCUGUAUACACAGCUUGUCGCCAUGGCAGCAAGGCUGGAAUCAGUGAGAUGUUUGAAGGACAUCAAGGACCAAUAACUGGUAUUCAUUGCCAUGCAGCUGUUGGAGCUGUGGAUUUCUCACAUCUUUUUGUAACUUCCUCAUUUGACUGGACAGUGAAACUUUGGACAACCAAGAAUAACAAACCUUUAUAUUCAUUUGAAGACAAUUCAGAUUAUGUUUAUGAUGUGAUGUGGUCGCCCACCCACCCUGCCCUGUUUGCUUGUGUGGAUGGCAUGGGGAGACUGGAUCUAUGGAAUCUCAACAAUGACACAGAGGUGCCAACUGCAAGCAUUUCUGUGGAGGGUAAUCCUGCUCUUAAUCGUGUGAGAUGGACACAUUCUGGGAGAGAGAUUGCUGUAGGCGAUUCUGAAGGACAGAUAGUUAUAUAUGACGUGGGAGAGCAAAUCGCUGUUCCUCGCAAUGAUGAAUGGGCUCGUUUUGGCCGAACACUAGCAGAAAUUAACGCAAACCGAGCUGACGCAGAAGAGGAAGCUGCCACCCGCAUACCUGCUUAAAUGGGUUUUGUGCUAGUAGUGGAUUGGGGACUGAUUCUAAGUAGAAAUUAAAACUCAUAGCAUGCUUCUGUCUAAAGGGAAUUAAAGGGUGAUCUUGUGGAUUAAACUAUGGACUUAAAACAUGCAAAGCUCUUUAACGCAAAAAAUUCUUGCAGUGUCACUUUUUAUAUUCAUAUUGUUAUUGGAUUUGUGUAAUUUUUAAUACAAAUUACUUUUACAAUAUGCAAUUUUUUUCUGAAUACUUACACAGGCAUAUAUUUGCUAUGUUAGUAUCUUGAACUUUUUCCAAUCUGUAACAGUAUACAGUUAUUUCUGAAAGGUGUAGAUUGCAUAAAUUCCACAUAUUUUUCAAUAAUCACUUCUCUAGGUAAACACAAAAUAAGUUAAUCUCUGACCACUAAUGUGUAAGAACAUUGUUUACUGUUAACCAUUAAAAUGCAUGUACCCACUCAAGUUUCAUCUUUUUUCUGUCCUUUUUCAUAGCUGUGCUUCUUUAAAGUAGUGAUAGCUAUGGUUACAAAUAAAAGAAUCAGUCUAUGUCAAA